CCUGCCUGCCCGGGGCGCGGGACGUCUCGCCAGGGGUGGGCGGCUUCUCCGGUUGCCAUGACGACGGAGCAACACAAGAUCCAGGGACAUGUUGGCAACUGGACACCUUGCAGCCAUAGACUGGGGAUCAGCUCCUGCAAAAGAGUGGCUUCUCCAUGGAUUGCCUUCUACCCCGGGAGACGGGGCAUUUAAAACAAACUGCAGAAUUCUUAUCUUGAGGCGCAGUCCUGGGGCAUUGGACCAAUGUCUUCCGACGUGGCGAUGUCAGAUGAGCCGUCAGCUGCCGUCCAAGGCCAGCGGGAAAACGGGAAGGGCCCGAGGAGGAAGAAACAUCAGAACGGUGGGGAGGCUACAGAGAGGCGGCGGGACGUGUCAGAAAUCCAGGCCCAAAUCGAGAGCCUGACCAGGGCCGGGAGCCAGGCCCUGGCUCAGGAGCGUUGCGGGGAGGCCCUGACCGCCUUCAAGAAGGCCUUCCUGGCUUCGCUGGACAUAACAGAGCAGCAGGUGCAGAGGGCCUGUGCUUUCAACCUGGGUGCGGCCUACGUGGCCUCUGGUCGCCUCGCCAAGGGCGUGGACUUCCUGCACCGCUCGCAGCCGGACAAGGGCGGGGAGAGGCAGGGCGACCUGCACUUCAAUCUGGGCCUGGCCCACGAGGGGCUGGGAGACUCGCCGGUGGCCAUUGAGCACUACCAGCAGGCCCUGGCCCACUACCAGAGCCGGCAGGCCCAGGGCGAGGCGGACACCCACAUGAAGCUGGCUGGUUGCCGGGCCCGGGCUGGGGAGCUGGGCCAAGCCGGCCGCUGCUUCCGCAGGGCGGGCCUGGCCUACCAGCAGGCCGGGAGCCCGGAUCUGGCCGCCGUGGCCCUCAACGAGGCCGCCUGCCACAUGCUGCAGUGCCGGCAUUUCACCGCCGGGGAGAUCACGGAGGUGCUGAACGAGUGCCGGACCAUCUGCGCCAACAUCCAGAACAAGGCCCUCCUCGGGAAGCUGUACAACGACGUCGGGCUCAGCUACUCACAGCUGAAGAUGUUCCUGCAGGCAGCCGAGUGCUUCCAGAUGGCCCUCCCCUACUGCCAGCACGGAGGCCUGGAUCGGCGGAAAGAGGCCGUGGUCCUUCAGAACCUCGGCGCCGUCUACAACACCUUGGGCGACUACAGCAAGGCACUGGGCUUUCACCAGAGCGCCGCGGCUUUGCACGGUUCACUCGGAAGCCGGAACGCUCAGGGCCAGGGCUUCUGCAACCUGGCCUAUGCCUACAGUCAGCUGGGAGACCACGAAGACACAGCAGAGAACUACCUACACGCACUGCAGGCAUUCAAAGAUACAGGUGAUUUCCACGGACAGUGGCAAGCUUGUGAAGGUCUCGGAGCUGCCAAGUUUCGCCUGGGAGAUCCCGAGAAAGCCAUUCUUUACUACAAGCAGGCUCUAGCUGCUCUGGGCAAAUCCCAGGAACCCAGUGGGUCAGCCCAGGAAAGGAUUGUGAACAAAUUGACAGAUGCCAUUCAGUACAAGCUCUCCCUGAACAGUGUGUUGCCCCAUGCCAGCGGUAUCCCACCCGCCAUGCCUUUGAAGUACCUACCUGGAAAUUUCCCUCGAACAUUGAGGGCUCCCGCUCCUGUCACCCAUGGGCAUCAA